AUGGAUUUUUACGCGUACCAUCUAUUCAAGCGGAAUAACCAAUUCAAUCCAUUGCAUUGUUCGUGUAAACUAUUCCAACAAUGGCUGGUGGACAGCUGGGUAAAGAUCGAGCAAAAUCGUUUGGAUUUUCUCAGGAAAGGCCAGAAACCCAUGCGGUUGGACACGGUGCAAGGUCUUCGUGACCACCAAAAUGAUCCCAAUGCCACCGGACCAUCCGGACAAAGAAUCAUACUCUCCGCAAAACACCAAGGAUCCCCCAGGAACAUGAAGGCCAGCUAUCAGGACGCCAUGGCAAUGGUCGCUCGCUAUGGCAAGCCAGACCUCUUCUUGACGUUCACUGCGAACCCGAAUUGGGCCGAGAUUGUCAGAGAAUUAUACCCGGGACAAACGGCAUUAGAUCGCCCAGAUUUGGUCGAACGGGUUUUCAUGCUCAAAAUGGCACAACUAGACGAUGAACUGUGCAAUCAGCACGUCCUCGGACGUCUGAUGGCAUAUGUCAGCGUCAUUGAGUUUCAGAAAAGGGGACUGCCACACAGGCACAUGCUAUUAUGGCUUACACCACAUUGGAAACUUCGCACAGCUGGGGAUGUUGACCAUCUAAUCCAAGCCGAGCUUCCGGAAGACCCGAAUAGCCGCCUCUACGCAAUUGUCACCAAAUGCAUGAUGCACAGAGCCUGUGGUUUGGCAAACCCAGAUUCUCCCUGCAUGAAAGAUGGCGAGUGUUCCAAAGGAUUCCCGAAGCAAUACCAACAGGAUACGGUGGUUUGUAUGGACAGUUACCCAAAGUACCGGCGCCGAAAUGAUGGCCGCACGGUUAUGAACGGGGGUGUUCAACUUGACAACCGGCACGUCGUCCCCUAUAACCCCUAUCUGCUGCAACGAUUCGAUGCUCAUAUCAAUCUCGAAAUCUGCGCGUGGUUCAAUGUCGUGAAAUACCUUUUUAAAUAUUGCUACAAGGGCACAGACCGCGCAAGAAUCUGCCUGCAAAUGGGGAUAGAUCGGCAAAAUCCAAACGGCAACACAAAUGAUCCCAAUAAUGCAAAUGAAGUGGUCGAUGAGAUCAAGCAGUUCAUUGACGCACGCUUUGUCGGGCCCAAUGAGUCGGUUCAUCGCAUCCUCGGGAUGAAAAUGGACGCAAAGAGUGACGUUGUCAAAUCGUUGAUCGUGCACCUUGAAGACUAUCAACCAAUCGUUUACGAUGUCCAUCGUGCCGACAAUGCAUUGAGAAAUGCCGAACUCAAAAAUACUACGCUAACUGCUUGGUUUCAAAAGAAUAAAGAUAUUCGAGAACUGGAAGAGGAACUCGGCGCUUUGCCAGCUAAUAUACUUGACGCGCGUACCAUCUUUUACGUCGAGAUGCCCGAGUUCUAUACCUUUUGCGAGUCGAAUAAGAAAUGGAACCAGCGCAAACGCUUGACAGACCGCACCAUUGGCCGCAUCCACAACGUUUCUCCAAAAGAUCACGAGGCAUAUGCAUUGAGAGUUCUACUACUAUACCGAAAAGGCAUUGAAGGGUUUGAAGACUUACGCACUAUAAACGGCACCACUUAUCGUACCUACGUGGAGGCAGCCCGGGCAGCCGGCUACCUUCAGGACGAUGGCCACAACCGGCGCUCAAUGCUGGAGGCCGCCAACUACCAAAUGCCUGACCAGCUGCGUAGCUUCUUUGCGAUGCUAUUGGUGUACUGUGAAAUGUCUGACGGAAUACCACUCUGGCACGAAUUCAAAGACGAAAUGAUGGCGGACUAUGUCCACCGAGGAUUGCCAGCUAAUGUUUGUGAAUCCAAGGCUUAUUGGGAUCUGGCUGACAAGCUUGCGUUCCAAGGGCUCGAUAUCAAUAAAGUGCUCGGCCUCGACAUCCCGCAAAUCAAUGGCUAUGACGCUCCAAUAGACCGAGAAGCUCACCGGCUAGCCGGUGAGGCUCUGUACACUCAAUUGAAUGACGAACAGAAGCGAGUAGCCGAUGCGGUUAUGGUAGCCAUUGAUAACCCGCAAGGGCAAUGCUACUUCAUUGAUGGCCCAGGGGGUAGUGGGAAAACUUUUGUUUAUACCUGCAUAAACCAUCUUGCAACCUCAAAGGGGAGAAAAGUGGAUUGCGUCGCUUGGACCGGCAUCGCCGCAAAUUUGUUACCAGGUGGAAGAACCGUCAACGCCACUUUCAAACUAAACGUGAAACAAGACAACAAAACAAGCACAAUGAAAAGGCAAUCUAAAGAAGCUCGGCUUCUAGCGGCAACGGAUGUGUUCAUCUGGGAUGAAGCUCCGAUGGCUCCGAGCCAUGCCUUAGAGGCAGUAGAUGCUCUUCUGAAAGACAUUACCCAAACCGAUCAGCGCUUCGGUGGAAAAAUCUUCCUGCUUGGAGGAGACUUCCGACAAGUGCUACCUGUUGUGGAACGUGGCAGCAGGGGUGACCAAGUGGCCGUGUGCCUCCGUCGAUCCACUAUCUGGCCGGAAUUUGUACAAUUCACACUCACCCGCAACAUGCGCGUACAAGGCAAUGAGGCUGAAUGGAAAGACUGGGUACUCAAGGUUGGAAACGAUGAAAUCCCAAAAGAUGCCGAUCAAAAUAUUGAAGUACCGCCAGAGAUCCGGAGCAACGGAGACUUGGUCCAUGAGAUCUUUGGGCCAAUUAUCCGUAAUGGCGGUGAAUUGGCGGAUGCUGCCAUCUUAUGCCCAAAGAACCAACAGGCGCUGGAAACAAAUAAUCAAGUUCUCGAGCUUCUUCCCGGUGAACUCCAUCUUGCCAGGAGCAUUGAUGAAGCGAUCACUUCUGAUCCAAGGGACGCAUAUCACUUCACCACUGAGCUUAUGAAUUCAAUGACCCCUACCGGCCUCCCACCUCAUGAAUUAUUCCUGAAAGUCGGUGCGAUUGUUAUGCUUCUACGUAACCUGGACGUUCAAAAUGGGUUGUGUAAUGGCACUCGGUUAAUUGUUGAGCAGAUACAAACUCGGGUCCUCCUCUGCCGUUUCGCCACGGGCUCCCGGAAGGGAAAACAAGUGCUUAUUCCACGUAUUGAUUGUCAAUACGAAAAAAAUAUUCCUUUUACCCUUAAACGUCGCCAAUUCCCUAUUCGGCCAAGCUUUGCCAUGACGAUCAACAAGAGCCAGGGCCAAUCGUUCGAGCGGGUCGGGCUUGAUCUCUCCGCGCCCAUUUUCGCCCACGGGCAGGCGUACGUGGCCAUCUCCCGAUGCAAGUCUCGCGACGGGAUGCGCAUUCUGGCGGCGGGGCACAAGAUGGCGAAUGUGGUGUAUCGCGAAGUGCUCACUGAU